GCGGGUCCCCCGGAAGUGGAAGUGUGGCGGGAAUGUUGUAGCGGACGGAGGAGACGAUGGAGGAUGACUACGGUCUGUACGGGGUGGAGGAUGAUGACUACGAGGAUCAGUUCUCCUCCGAGCUGGAGGUGCUGGCCGAGCUGGAAGGAGAUGUGGAACCUUCCCGCCCCCAGAGCAGAGUAUCGCAAUAUCGCAAUAAACUGUCAUUUGAGGAGGCGAUUUCCACUGCUGAUCACCUGACCCAAUCUGAGAGCCGAGAGAAGAACGGAGGCGUAAACCCGGGGAACUCAAAGAAGCGCGACGCAGCUUUUCUCCAUCUGUCCGAAGAGGAUGAAUUCUCCGACAGCUUCUAUGAGCCCCCACUCACUCCUAAACCAAAACGCCCCAGAAUCGAUGCUGUUAAGAAAUUGAAUUUUGGUUCAGAUGAUCAGUCUUCGAAUAGCUUGGUGAUUAGCGAUGAUAUUACUCCUCCACCAUCCCCGAAUGUAACAGACCAGAGAAAUGAGAGUAGAAAACAAAUGUUCCAGAGCUGUCCUGCUCUUGAGGUCAGUGAUAUGGCUCCUCUACAAAACACCCCGAACAAAACCGAGCAGAGACGUGUACUUACACGACCUCCCGUAUUUGAAGAGUAUAUUCAUGUGACGGCCAGUGAUGGUACCAGAGUUUACAUGGCCAUGAAGGAUGACCCGGAGGGCACAGGAGCUGAGAUCAUCCAAAAGCUGGGGGGCCUUAAUUGGAGAGGUGACCAGCAAUUGCAUCUUCUUGGAGUUCCUAUCUCUUACCUGAAGGAGCAGGUAGCAGAUGAGCGUCGGCGGCAGGUGUUGGAAGAGUCUCAGCGGCUCACGGAGUUGUUGAGCAGUCAAAUGACGGAAAUUAAUGAGACGGAAAGUGACUCUUUGGAGUUCGGUGAAGGUGAAGAGGAGGAUGAGGUGUCAGAACAUAACCUCUGGGUGGACAAAUAUACCCCGAAGUGCUACACGGAACUGCUCAGUGAUGAUUUUACAAAUCGUUGCCUAUUGAAAUGGCUGAAACUCUGGGAUACGUUGGUGUUUGGAAGGGAGAAAGCUGUGAAAAAGGCCAAACCAAUCAUUGAGCAAAAACCAAACUUCAAAACACAGAAGGAGCAGCAGACCAAGUGGAAGACCAAAGCCCAGAUCACGGAGGAGAUUUUGGAGGCAGAACUAGAUCAGCACAAUAGGCCUAAAUACAAGGUUGCAUUGCUUACUGGUCCCCCUGGUCUCGGGAAAACCACUCUGGCUCAUGUUAUAGCAAGGCAUGCUGGGUACAAUGUUGUGGAAAUGAAUGCCAGUGAUGACCGCAGUCCAGAUAUCUUCAAGACACGUAUAGAAGCCGCGACUCAAAUGAAGUCUGUUCUGGGAUUGGAUGAGCGACCCAACUGCCUUAUUAUUGAUGAAAUUGAUGGCGCACCCACUAUCUCCAUUAACAUGCUGCUCAGCUUGGUAAACAGAAAAGAUGGGAAAGAGGCAGACACCGCUACUGAAGGUGCCAUACCAAAGAAGAAAAAGAAAGACGGUGGUUUGCUGGUUAGACCCAUCAUCUGUAUUUGUAACGACCAGUACGUCCCAUCACUGCGGCAGUUGAGGCAGCAAGCCUUCAUGUUAAAUUUCCCUCAAACAUUGCCUUCCAGGCUGGUACAAAGGCUAUACGAGAUCACCAUUAGGCAAGGCAUGAAAACUGACACUGGGGCGUUAAUGGCUUUGUGCGAGAAGACCGAAAAUGAUAUUCGCUCCUGCAUUAAUACGUUACAGUUCCUGCGUGGCCGAGGAAAGAAAGAGCUAAACGUGAAAACAGUCCAAACCAUGAAGAUUGGACAGAAAGACCAGAAUAAGAGCCUUUUCUUUGUGUGGCAGGAGAUCUUCCAACUCCCCAAAGUACAAAGGAAACGUAUUGGCCAAGACCUAUCUGCAUCAGACAUCCACCACCUUCUGGGAAACCAAAAUGACCCUCUGAACGUGAUGGGCAGGACACCACUGAGUGCCAUGGCACAAAGGUUCCACCAUGUUUUACACCUGGCCUAUUCAACGGGGGAGUACGAGAAGCUCACCAUGGGACUGUAUGACAACUUUUUGAACAUGAAGAUUAAAGAGUCCAGUUUUGGCACGGUGUGUUUGGCUAUGGACUGGCUGGAGUUCACAGACAUUGUUAAUACCAUGAUCAUGCACGGGCAGAACUUCCAGCUCAUGAAAUACUUGCCCUUCCUUCCUGUCGCCUUCCACCUCUUUUUCGCUGCCAACAAUAUCCCUCGGAUUUCCUAUCCCAGCAGCCAUUACGAGGCCCUGUCCAAACUGAACCAGAUGCAGAAUAUUCUUACCGCGAUGAUCUCAGAAAUCUCCCCACAUAUUCGGUCACGCGUGGGCCCUCAGGCCUUGGUAUUGGAUGCCCUCUGCCUGCUGCUGGAUGUCAUCUCACCAAAGAUGCGCCCUGUGAACACACAGCUGUACAGCAUGAAAGAGAAGCAGCAGUUGGCGGAUUUAAUUAAUACAAUGCUGGCCUAUAACCUGACCUACCACCAGGAGCGCACCGUGGACGGGCAAUACAUUUACAAGCUGGAUCCUAAUGUGGAGGAUGUGUGCAGGUUCCCCGAUCUCCCAGCUCGCAAGCAGCUCACCUACCAGGCCAAGCAACUUAUCUCAAGAGAGAUUGAGCUGGAGAAGAUGAGGAGGUCAGAGGCCUUCCAGCAGGCACGCAACGCAGGAAGGGAAGCUGCCGGCAAAAAGGAGGAAAAGGACGGUGAAAAGACUGCAGUCAAACCUGCGGCCAAACCAGGACCAUUAAACCAUGAGAAGCGCCUUCAGACUUUCAUGAAGACGACGCCAUUUGAGGAGAAGCCUGAGAAGGAUUUCUUUGGCCGGCAGAUAGUGAAAAAGGUGGUUUCCACAGGUCCAGUGGGUCCAAACCAAGAGGAACCCAUAGAGAAGAAGAUCGGAAGGGCCAUAGGGAACAGCGAUGUUUGGUUUCGAUUUAAUGAAGGCUUUUCAAAUGCAGUGCGGAGGAAUGUGUGCAUUAAAGACUUGUUGUAAAUUUUUUUUUUUUACAUUUUUUGUAAAUAAGAAAAGUGUAAUUUAUAAGACUUUUUCCCAGAAUGAUCGACUUGGAGCAUUUAUCGAUUUGUAUCCAUGUAUAGUGAAGAUGAGCUUUUCAGUCUGUUGGACUGUACUACUUAUCCAAAGGUGAGAGCUUUUAUCUCCUCCCUACAUUACGCAGAGAUUUUCCUGUUUAUAAGCAGAUCUGUUGUUCUAGUUUUGUAUGAAGAUAAUAAAUAUUUUCUAUGA